GCGAGAGGAGGCGGGGAGAGGAGCUCCAGAAGAGCCAAAAAUACUCCUUUACCACCGGGUUUAUCACAUGUUUGAGGUUUUAUUUUCAGUCUCAUGGUGUUCAUAUGUUAUAUUUCGGCUCUGGAUUUAUUUCAUUUGAGCUCCGGAUGGAUGUUUUUUUCACCGACCUGCCGAAGAGUCUGUACCCGAGGAUGAGAGGGACAAAGACGGGGAAGCAGCCUGUGGGGAGCCGGCUUCUCACCGGGUGUAUCUGAGAGGAAAACUGCACAGAAAUGUGGAAAACUGGAUUCAAAUCUGCUUAACCGUAGAAACCUGGCGAGCAGAGAAAGUCAAUUGUUUGCUAAUUAGUGUCAAUUAAGGAUUUAACGCACACAUAUCUUUAAGGGUGAUCAUCGCUCUGGACUCGUGGAGGACUCAUGGCUCCCUCAGCUGAGGGACGGAGAGGAUGAUUCACAUUAAAGCUCUCCAGACUUUGUGUUCCAGUGUUCUGACCGCUCUGGGCGCUGCUGACAGAUGUGGAGGACUGACCUCGUGGACGUCCUGCAGCUGAGUGGACGGAGACGGUGAUUUGAGUCUUUCACUUUCUAAAUAUCACUUCAAAGAUGAGCCAGGGUACAAACCUGGUCCUGGAGUGGCUGUCCAAGCUGAACCUGGCUCAGUACCUGGAGGCCUUCAUCGAUAACGGCUACGAUGACCUGGAGGUCUGUAAGCAGAUCGGGGCGCCGGACCUGGACGCCAUCGGAGUCCAGAUCCAGUACCACCGGCACCAGCUGCUCACCGCCGUCUACAGGCUGAGGGACGGGACGGACAGGAAGUCUGCGGGGUACUACUUCACAUUAGAGCCUCUGGACGAGGACAGGUUGGUCAGGACUUCAAAGCCGGGACUACACGAGUCCUCCUGUCCCGGGAACCACAACCUGAAGCUGUCCCCCUGCAACGACUUUGUGACGUAUCCCAAACUGAAGCUGAAGGUUCUGCUGAGGGACAAACUGGCUAAAGACGGGAUCAACCUGGGAGAGGCCCCGUACACCCACAAGGAUGGCUCAGUGGGGAGUCUGGGCUCUCUGGCGGAGGAAUACUCUCAGUACUACGGCACCUCCCUCAGUGACGUCUGUGAGAGGAUGGAGGAGCUGAGGAGGCGCAAAGUGGUGCAGGAGGCCGAGAUGGGCACCGUUGACUCAGUGACCUCGCUGCAGCUGCGCUCUCAGCUCCAGGAAUCCCUGGGGCUCAGCAGCAACACGUCCACUCCUGAGACGGAGAGGAGGUUUCCUGUCAACAAACUGAGUUCUGAAGACGGACCAGGGGGAAAAUGUGACGGCAGGAGGAAGAACAAACCGUUCUGGCAGAGUUUUCGGAAGUCACAGAAAGGAGUGACGCAACAGAUUUCUAAAGCAGGAGACGACGUAGGCUUCGUGGCCAGUGAGAUCACCAUGAGUGAUGAAGAGCGGAUCCAGCUGAUGAUGAUGGUGAAGGAUAACAUGAUCUCCAUAGAGGAGGCGCUGGCUCGGCUGAAGGAGUUCGAGGUCCAGAAAAGACCCCCCCCCUGCAGGACGGACCAGAACCCCCCCCCAGAGAGGACCUGCAGCCCCUACGAUCUGUCCGACGCUGAGCCGGAAGAGACUCUGAGCUUCAAGAGGCUCCACAAGCUGGUGACGUCGUCCAGGAGGAAGAGACUGGUCCGGGUCGACGACAACACCAAAACCGAAGAGAGCCUCCGGAUGAGGGAGUGUCUCCCCCCUGCAGGAGGCGCCUCUCCCCUGGACUCGGUGUGUUCGGCCCUGCAGGAUCAGCUAUCCUUGGACUCCCCCAGCCUCACCCCCUCCCCGUCCUCUUCCAGCCUGGAUACAUGCAGCACCUCCUUGCCCUGUAGGGAGGAGGGGGGUAUUCCCAUGCACCAAGAGGAGGGGGCCACAGGGGAGGCGGGGGCGGGCAGCGAGGAGGAGAAGAGGAUCGCUCGCUCUGUGACGGAGGGGGAGAUCAGACAGAAAGUCCUCAGCCUCACAGGGAGAGCCUGUAGCUUCGGAGGUUUUGACCUGAGCAGCCGCUCCCUGCAGAGCGCCGUCUCUGAACACACGAGUGAAGACGGAGAGGGGGUCCGAGGCCGCAUGAAGUCCCCCCCCACGCCUCGUAUUUCUCUGGGUAAAAAGGUGAAGUCGGUGAGGGAGACGAUGAGGAAACACAUCUCCAAGAGAUACCACGGCUCUCUGUCCGAACAGUCGAGCCCGGACCGGCUGUGCAGCUGCCCCCCCACCUCGCAGACAGACUCUCUGGAUAAAGCGUCUCUGAAGCCGGGGGGGUCUGUGGAGAGUCUGAGGAGCUCUCUGAGCGGGCAGAGCUCCAUCAGCGGUCAGACGGUGGGCACCACGGACUCGUCGGGGACCACGGACUCGUCGGGCAGCACCAGAGAGAGGGUGAGGUCUGAGAUGGGGGAGGAAGGGGAGGACGAGCUGCCGUACAGGGGACCGUUCUGUGGACGGGCCGUCGUCCACACCGACUUCACACCGAGUCCCUACGACUCCGACUCCCUCAAACUCAAGAGCGGGGACGUGAUCGAGGUGAUCAGUAAGCCUCCGAUGGGAACGUGGAUGGGAAUGCUGAACGGAAAGGUCGGCACCUUCAAGUUUAUCUACGUGGACGCUCUGAACGAGGAGGUGGAGGAGGUGAAGCCGAAGAAGACCCUACGGAGGAGGAGGCCUCGGCAGCCGAAGCCCACGUCUGUGGAGGAGCUGCUGCACCGCAUCAACCUCACCGAGCACCUCCCCACCUUCCUGUUUAACGGCUACGAGGACCUGGAGACCUUCCAGCUGCUGGAGGAGGAGGACCUGGACGAGCUGAACAUCAGAGACCCUCAGCAUCGAGCCGUGCUGCUGACCGCCGUGGAGCUGCUGCAGGAGGACGACGGCAGCAGCGACCCGGAGCGGGGGGGUCAGGUGCUUCAGGAGAAGCUGAUGCAGCGCCGCGGUCUCACAGGAGACUCGCCCCGGGACUCGGGCUGCUACGAGAGCAACGAGAACCUGGAGAACGGGAACGAGAACCUGGAAAACCUGGAGUACCUGGAGAACGGACGAGACACACAGACUUUCUCCUCCAUCACGGAGAACCUCCUGCAGCCCGAGGAGCAGGAGGUGCAUCCUCACAGAUGUGCAGCCACUUCCUGUCGUGCAGAAGUCGUCUUUCCUCCAGAGCUAUCAGAGACUCUCCCCCCCCUCUCCUCACCAAACACACCCCAGACUUCAGAGGAGAGCAGCAGACGCUCGGUGUCUGCUAACUCUGAAGCCCGGCGGCUGAAACUGAAGAGCCAUAAAAGAGGGACGCAGCGUCAGGACGUCUGAGUCUCUGCUCCAGAGCUUAAAGUGCACGGGAUGAACGUCCAAAAGAAAUGUGAGGGUUUUCUGGGUAAUGAGAGGAAAACAUG